AUGUGGCAGCAUUUUGGUAUUUCUUUGUUUCAUCUUUUAUCAUUGCUUGGUGUUGGUGAUAAGAAGUUAAUACUUUUUCAUAUUGAUAUUUUUGAAGAUGUCAACAUUUUGGUAUUUCUUUCAUCUCAUCUUUUGUUAUUGCUUGGUGUUUCUAUUGUAGUAGUGGUG